UUGUGGUCGUCCUUUGCGCAACCUAGGGCCGCGCUCUUGUGUUCAAGACAAGUAAAUAGCCAAGCAGCGAUACAUGUCAGCGGACAUGGCUCCGGACACGGCUCGGGAAGUGAACGCGACUCCGCAUGCCACUGACGAGGCUCCCGACUAUUUGGCGCUCCUACCCGUGCCGCUGCUACUAAAUAGUGUGCUGCCGCUGCUGGCUGCCCCGGACGUCUUGCGCCUUGCUGCCUGCUGCCGGACGCUGAAGGAGGUGGCGUUUGCGGAUGACGUGUGGCAGCCCCGCUGCAAGGCGCGCAGCUGGGAGCGGCAGUACCGCGGGAUGAGUUGGCAGGAGUGCUACACGGCGCGUCGGCGGACGCUGUGUGUGGAGUGCGGUCAGGCUAGCCGCUACGUGUUUGCGCUGCUCAGCUGCCGGCUUUGUGAGAAGUGCGAGCACGCGAGCCCGCGGUACGGCCUGGUGACGGCCCUGGAGGCGGCUGAGCGGUACGGCGUGCCGUACACAGCCCUGGGCGGCGUGCCGUACCACGAGGCCUGCCGUACCCGGUUUUACCUCCGUACGACAAUCGAGGCGAUGGCCAGGCCGCUGGGAGGCGGGCGUGGCGCCGGCGCUCAGGAGAGCGGGUCGGAAGAGGAGGAGGAGAAGGAGGAGGAGAACCCGCAACGUGAGAAUCGGGCGGAGGAGCCGAUGGGUCCUGAGGCGGAGGACGGCGAGGGCGAGGCGCAGCAGCAGCAGCGGCAGCAGCAGGAGGAUGAGAGCAGCGAUGAGGAGGAGGGCGGCGCCGGUGGGGACGCGGCGGCACAGCGGAGAGCGGCCGAGAAGGCUGCGCGCAAGGCCGCGAAGAAAGCGGCGAAGGAAGCCCAAAGGGCCAAGCGGCAGGGCAAGGCCACUGCCCCCAUGGCGGCUCCGCCUCGGCCGUCGUACGGCAAGAUUGUGACCGGCACGUCUCCUCCCACGGGGAAGAGCCGUGGUGGCAGCGGUAGCGGUGGUGGCGGCAGUCGGGGCACCCGCGGUGCAGCGGGGCUGUUCGGCCGCAGCCCGCCGGGCUGCCGGGCGGCGGGACCGCUGAUGGUCCAGGAUGACGGAGACGGCCAGGCGCUUCCACUCGAAGGGCAGGCUGUGGCAGGUGGUGGGCGGCGCCGAGGCGGCGGGCGUGGAGGCGGCGGCGGAGGUGGAGGCGGGGCGGGUGCGGCGGCGGCGCCCGCGGCCAGCGGUCCCAGCCGCACUGUCAAGCUUAAGUCGGGGUGGGCGGCGGAGCGGGAAGCGCUGAUGGCUGCGUGGGGCCAGUUCGGGAUUAGCGGGCUGGUGCUGGCGAGCUAGCGCGCUGGUGAGGCUUCGUGGCCUGGGGCGAGGAGUACAACAGCGUUUUGCUUGAGCUGGGUACGGUUGUACUUUCUGCCGUUCCCUGCAUCUCAUGGGCUUGCGUCUUGGCGCCUUCAGUUCCAUGCUGGGAAUGGUGACAGCGAUCCCCACCUUGUGGGUGGCGGUUAGGCGCUUGGUCUGAACAGACCUUUGCUUGGUCUUGACUGUUCCCCCGCCUCCCAGUAUGUUGAUCCUGGUGGACACGGUGUGUAGGCCCGCGGGCGGGCGAACUGCCGUGUUGUUUUGGUUGUGCGCUACGGACAUUUGGUUGUGUUGCAGAAGGCACAUACUGAUACGGCCGAGAAUGCAUGAGUGAGAAGCGAAUGGUACCGCGGCAGGGACUCAGGCACACGCCCAGGCAUCGGAUAACCCGCGUUGGGAAGGAAUGUCCGGCGGUGGAUGUGCGGAAGCUGUACAGUAUACCGUAUGGGGUGUGUCCACAGGAGCGCGGGUUGAGAUGUAUGCUAUGGUGGCCAGCCCAUGCCACAAGAGUAACGGUACACACUGAAGCCGCACUCCUAGGCUCAUGGGCAAUCCCAAGCCACAGCCUGACAACUUGCGUAUCAUAUGCUGCUGGCCUGUGAUUGCGGCUAUAGGUGUCGGUUUAAGCAGAUGUCCCUGACCCGCUGCUCAUCAAGCUGCGCACCCAUUCCUAGUACUGCACA